AUGUUGGAACACACGUUCACCUCAUCACUUUCGACAUUAUCAUCAAUAUUCUCUGCUGUUGUAAUUUAUGGAGCCGGCACUGCGCUCGCAAAUACCAAAAAUUUCUAUCAGGGCAUCGCUGUAGGAAUUGCCUCUUCGGCCUUUCUUGCUCAACGUAUUGCAUUCAUGACUCUUGUGGAGAAUAUCCCAAACAUUGAUUGCGACGCAGCCAAUGGAACAUCCUAUGGAUUUUUGGUUGUGAUGCGGUUUGCGAUUCUCUGGGGAUUGUAUAUGCGAGCAACAGGUGCUAAUCGCAGUAUCAAGAGUCCAGUUCUCACCAUUCUUACUUGUAGUGCAGCACUUCUUGGCGCACUAUCUUCUUGCGUAGUUACCAUUCAAGGACUUAUGUCUCCUGACGUUCCAAACUCGUGCUCGCACCAACUCAACAAGUUGAUGACAUUUCUAAACAACCUUGUAUUUGUGAUUUCCCUAUCUAUCCUUACUAUUGUGGUAUCCAUUCCAAUCUUCAAAGCUCUUGCAGGCAUAGGCCGAACACCUCAGCAUUUAGGCCAGCUUCCCAUUUCGCGUGUGCAUCAACAGGCUCGCGUUCUUUCUCGCUUCCUCCGACUCAUUCCUAUUGCUCUGUGCGUCCUUCUCGGUAGCAUCAGCAUUCUUUCUUCUUUUAUAGAACAUCGGUUUCUCUUUUAUGCCUCGUUGGUAUUCUCCGACUUUUGCUCCAUUUGGCUGCUUCUGUUCCCUUUGGUGAUUAUGGCGGGCGAUAAUGGCGAUGCAAACAAUUCUAACAGUGGUUCGGCAAGUAGCAACGGGUACCCUACUUCUCCCACUAUGUUACGAUCACCCGCCAUGACACUUUCAUUUCGUCAAGGUAGCAGUAACAAUGGACACAUGUCUCCUUCAGCAACUCUUGUUUCUCCAUACUCGUUUAGCGACUCGCGCAUAACGAGUCUUGCACAAAAUGACAAAUCUAGCGUUUCAGCUCCGUCUCCACUUCAUCAAGCAUUUAUUUUAAAUAGUACGCGCAGAUCAUCGCCUACAUCGGCUGGUGUCGUACCGUACGAUAACCAGACUUGGAACCCUACUCAUACUUUUUUUGUCGCUCCAGAAAACAAAUUAAACGAGUUACCGUUUUAA